AUGUCACUCACUCAGAUGAGCGCGGGCGUGCGUGGGCAAGUUGACAGACCCCGCGAGGAUAUACUCGACAUACACCAACUCGCGAAAUCAGUACAGGCUAACAGAUCGAAGCAUUCAUUCGAUCAAGUAACUUUCAAGGACAUGUCCAGGUUCAAGAACUCACGAGGCCAUAUAAAGCAGUUCUACGAGUGCCUAAUCCUUUACAAGUUUCUCGGGCGUCCGUCCACCGAUAUGGAACUGCACUCUAUGGAUGAUUUCAACAAGAUCCCGUACGUUAGAGGCAGAGACAUACCUGCAGACAAAUGCGCACUCGGAUUCUUCCCAGUCAGAGCCAAACUCCCUGUAGGCGUUACUCCCUCUCGCGAAAUUAUCACCAUGUGGGCUAUUGACGAGUACGUCAAGCACCUCGAUUCUCACUUUGCGUAUCACUGUAUACUACAUUUGGCGACGAGCAAAGUCGAAUGGACGAGAGUUGGUGAUUGGUUUUGCAACAAUUGCAAAAUGGUCAGCUGGGCAAAACGUGAUACUUGUGUUUACGAGGGCGAUCACAAAGACGAAAUUCCCCGCCACUUCUUAAAAAAGGAAAUUGCCCUCUGCGAACCAGAAGUUCAGACCGCUUUCGAUAUGGGCAUGCGUGUCUUCGCGCUAUCCGGAUCAUUCCAAGGAAUGGAAGCUUUAGACGGUAAACCAGGAAGAAACAAUAGGGAUAAGUCAAAGAAAGGAAGCCAGCAGCGCAGCAAUCAACGUAACCAAGCCAACAAGCGCAAUAUCCAGCCUCCUGCGUCUAUUCAACCUGCUAUGCCGGCGAAGCCUCAAGACCGUUCUCGAGACCGUUCUCAAGACCGUUCUCAAGAUCCACAGAAACCUGGCAUUCAUCCAGCUUUCAAUUCUUCAAACUUAGCAACACCAAAACAUCAACACAAACGCAGCUUGGAGAGAUCAACUAGUGCUGGUAUUAUCGGAUCAAAGCCUAUGGCUGGAUCAAAUAGCCUACUCUACAGUCCUUCUUUGCUCAGACCAUCAGUAGCCAACCCAACAUUACAACACACGCCAACUCUGGCUAGAAGUGCAAACGCAUCCGAAAGUCUCAGUAGCUACGCAUCUGUCACUCAUCGUCCACAAAUAACAUUAUCCAAUACUUCAUUUGCUCCUUUAUCAACACCACCUCAGUUACAUGCAACUGCAUCUCACUCUGCUGCAGCUACUCCUGCCAAAGGAAAAUUAUCGGAAUUUACACAAUUCACUAACGAUCUACCAGAAUAUUCACCUAUCAGUGGAUACAAGACUAUUGAAGCGUUCAAUAGGGAUCAUUUGAGAGCUGAAGCUCAUCGCGACUUAUCACAUACGACCUUAUUUCCUGGUAGUAGCGGUCCACUUGGAGUAUCUCUCUCUUCGUCACCAUCUCGUACAAGCUCACGUUUAGUUUCAUCCGCAUCAGAUUUACCACCAUUGUCGAUGACACCAAGCAACUCUACUCAAUCUGGUACAUCACCCGAACCAUCUCCAAUCGAGCCGCUUCAAAUGGACUUGUUGAACAACUACAACUACGCGAAUUACAGCAGAUUAGUUCCACGCUCGUCAGUGUCUCACUUAAAAUCACUUAACCUUCCAAACAACUAUAGCUACAAUGGUACGAAUAACUAUACAGCUGCUGCUGGUGCUGGAUACACCAUGGACAGCUACUCAACCAGAUCUGAGUUGGCGCUGAACAACUUUAUGCAGUACAUGGAUAUCAAUCAAGGCACCGCUACUGCUCGCGAAAAAAGCACGCUCUAA